CGCACGAACCGAAACAGUCUAUGUGGGGACGCCCGUGGGUUCAGAGUAUCGCGGAGUUGUACGAGAGCGCGAGAAUCGAGUUUCUCCACACCGCAUUAUGAUUUAAAAUCGAACUGAGCAACAAUCAUACAAUAUUAUAGAACAAAAAAACAACAACAACAAAAUGUGGAAGCUGCUGGCAGUCCUUGUUUUAGUAAUUGGGGUGGUUUUGGCCCAAAGGCGCAACUAUUCCCACAUGCCGUGUCCACACAAAUGCGUCUGCUUCCGAAGAACCAUUCGAUGCAUGCAAGCAGACCUCGUCGAGGUACCCAAAGUACCUUUGGCAGCUACAUUUCUAGAUCUGCGGUUCAACAGGAUUCACACUCUGGAGCCGCAUACAUUCAAGAAUCACAAGAACAUUAGAACGCUUUUGCUGAACAACAACGAAAUCACGACGCUGAAGAAUGGUGUCUUCACCGGUAUGCCGCAACUCAAAGAUCUAUACCUGUACAAGAACCGCAUUAAAUACAUCGAGCCAGAUGUUUUCCAAAAAUUGCCGAGGCUCGAGCAUCUCUAUUUACAUAACAACGAUUUGGAGGAAUUCAAGGCCGGCACUUUUUCAAAUCUGCCAUCUCUGGACAGGCUAUUUCUAUACAACAAUAAGCUAAAGCACAUACCUCGAGGCGCAUUCCAAAAUUUACCCAAACUUCAUCGCUUGAGAUUAGAUUCAAACGCUCUGGUCUGCGAUUGUCAGAUGGCAUGGCUUGCGAAAAUGUUGAAUCAUAAUUCGUUGCAAGCGGCGGCUAACUGCGAAUACCCAAGAGAAAUGAAGGGGAAAGCUCUGAAAGGAAUGGACGAUAAGGAUUUCCAUUGCAAAUAUCCUGAAAUAACUGGAGGGCCUCAAGAUAUCGACAUAACUUUCGGACAGACUGCUUUGUUCCAAUGUUACGUAGCAGGUGACCCGAUGCCUUCAAUAUCUUGGAUGAAAAACGACAAAGAAUUGAUUACUGGUGAUAACCGAUUUGAGGUUACUUAUAACGGAACGCUGAAAAUAAAGAAUGCACAAGAGAGCGAUUCUGGAUUCUACGAGUGCAUUGCUAAAAAUCCUGAUGGUGUAACUAAAUCUAGAGCUGCGCGCAUGGUUGUUCAACGGGAAUAUGUGACGGAAAGAAUUCCAGGUAUGCCAGUCUUCAUUGAAACACCUCAAAGCAUAACUGUAAAUGAGAGAUCGUCCGAGGCUGUGCUGCAUUGUCAAGCGAUCGGCAAUCCAAAGCCGGAAAUUACUUGGUCUAGAAAUGGCAUUAAACUUGACAUAAACAAUAGGAAUUUCCAGUUUUUGGAUGGAACUUUGGUAAUAAGAUCUGUUAAAAACAACGAUUACGGAACUUACAGAUGCGACGCUGCUAACAUCCACGGAAGAAUCAGCACGACCGCGGAAAUAAUUAUCAAUGUUCCGCCUGAAUUUACUCUGAUUCCACAGCCAAUAACCGUGGAGAUAGGAAAGACAGCGCGUUUUGAGUGUGAUGCGGUAGGUACACCAAUGCCGGAAAUUAGUUGGUACAUGAAGAAUACAAAAAUCAAAAGUCAAGGAAGACAUACCUUGAGAGAUGAGAACCGCAUUUUGGAAAUCCGGGAUGUUAAAGAAUCUGAUGGCAUAAUGUAUACAUGCAGAGCUAAAAAUGAAAUGGGAAAGCGAUCAGCCGAUGUGCACCUUUCUAUUAAAUCUGCCGAUUUGAAGGCACCAAAUUUAAUUUAUAAACCAUACAAUAUUGAAGCUUUGGUCGGUUCUACAAUUGAAAUUCCUUGCAAGGGAGCUGGAAAUCCAACGCCUGGGAUCGAUUGGAAAAAGGAUGGAAGCACGCUUCAAAGAACUGGUCGCUGGAGGAUUUCCUUAAGCGGCAAUUUGUACAUUUACUCGGUAGCAAGCGAAGAUCAGGGUAGGUAUGAAUGCACGGCUAUUAAUGAAUAUGGCAGUGCCACCGCUUCUGGUUACGUUAGCGUUAAGGAGGAUCCGCACAACCUGAAUUUAGCAGGAGCCGGUGAUAAAUUCGUAAAAGUGGCCUUCCUAGAAGCAAGUCAAGAAGUUGAUAAAGCAAUUAACAAAACCGUUCACGAUAUCUUUUACAAGAAGCACCAUAACUUCGGUGAUUUAUUUAGGAUUAUCAGGUAUCCGAAUGCUCCGGCCCGAGAGCUCGCGAGAGCGGCUGAAGUGUACGAACGCACUUUGGUGAAUAUCAAGAAACAUGUGGAAAUUGGUAUGCAAAUGAAUUACACUUCCGAUUUCAAUUAUAAAGAGGUGCUAUCUCCCGAGCAUUUGGAUCUAGUUGCACAGCUAUCUGGGUGCAUGACUCAUCGUCGGCGCACGAACUGCACGGAUAUGUGCUACCACUCAAAAUAUCGAAGCAUAGACGGCACUUGCAACAAUUUACAGAACCCAACCUGGGGAGCAUCUCUCACUGGAUUCCGAAGAAUUUUAAAACCGAUAUAUGAAAACGGUUUUAGUACACCGAUCGGGUGGAAUAAGGACAUGAAAUACUACGGUUUCAAGAAGCCUAGCUCGAGAUUGGUCUCAACAUCAUUAAUUUCGACCAAUGAAAUUACACCGGAUGACAAAAUAACGCACAUGGUGAUGCAAUGGGGACAAUUUUUGGAUCACGAUUUGGAUCAUGCUAUUCCCUCGGUGAGUUCGGAAAGUUGGAAUGGAACAGAUUGCAAGAGAUCUUGCGACUACUCCGCGCCUUGCUUCCCAAUUGAUGUUCCUCCAAAUGAUCCCAGAGUACAUAAUAGGAGAUGCAUAGAUUUCUUCAGAUCUUCGGCCAUCUGCGGUUCCGGAAUUACUUCCGUUUUCUUUGAUACAAUUCAACACCGUGAACAAAUCAAUCAGUUGACAUCGUACAUAGACGCGUCUCAAGUCUACGGAUACUCUAAUGACUUGGCGAAAGAAUUAAGAGACUUAAAUAGCGAUUUAGGAAAGUUACGAGAAGGCGUUAUAUAUCCAGGCCGGAAACCAAUGCUGCCUUACCACGGAGGUCAAAUGGAUUGCAGAAGAGAUGAAACUGAAAGUAAUGUUAAUUGUUUCUUGGCAGGCGAUAUCAGAGCUAACGAACAAGUCGGAUUGAUUGCGAUGCAUACGAUUUGGUUCAGAGAGCACAACAGAUUAGCUCGUGAAUUAAGAUUGCUUAACCCACAUUGGGAAGGUGAUAUGAUUUAUCAAGAGGCGCGUAAAAUUGUUGGCGCUGCCAUGCAACACAUUACUUACACAAACUGGCUACCAAUUAUUGUUGGCAAUGAGGGAAUGCGAAUGCUAGGUGAAUACAAAGGAUAUAAUCCGCAGAUAAAUCCAGGAAUCGCCAACGUUUUUGCAACGGCUGCACUUCGAUUUGGCCAUAGUUUAAUUAACCCCAUCCUGCACAGAUUGAACUCAACCUUCCAACCAAUACCAGAAGGAAAUCUGAUGUUACACAAAGCGUUCUUCGCGCCAUGGAGAGUUCUUGACGAAGGUGGUAUUGAUCCUUUGAUAAGAGGUUUGUACGCAAUCGCGGCUAAACUUAAGAAACCUAAUCAAAAUUUGAAUAAAGAAUUGACUGAACGCUUGUUCCAAUCGGCACAUGCAGUGGCUCUUGAUUUAGCUGCAAUUAAUAUUCAUAGAUCUCGUGAUCACGCCAUCCCUGGCUACAUCGAGUUCAGAAAAUUCUGCAACAUGGCUGAUGUCGAUGAUUUCGAGGAUUUAAGGAACGAAAUUUCCGAUCCGGAAGUAAGACGGAAAUUGAAAGAAUUAUACGGCCAUCCGGGAAAUAUCGAUAUCUGGGUGGGGGGUAUACUAGAAGAUCAAGUCGAGGGUGGUAAAAUCGGUCCGCUGUUCAGAUGUCUGCUUGUGGAGCAAUUCGGUAGGCUGCGAAAUGGGGACCGGUUUUGGUAUGAGAAUCCAUCCACAUUCAAACCCGAACAAUUGGUGCAAAUAAAGCAGUACACUUUGUCUCGUGUUCUAUGCGAUAACGGUGAUAAUAUUACCGACAUUACGGACAAUGCUUUUUAUUUACCCGAGACGCAGGGUGGAUAUAAGAAAUGCUUGGAAAUACCGAAAGUGGAUAUGAGCUUCUGGUCGGAAUGUUGCAGUGAUUGCCGAUAUUCCGGACAAUUGAACACCAUCAGCAGAUUGAAUGCUCGCAGUCGAAGGGAGACGGUCGUUCCAUACAAUAAUGCAACCAUGGAUAUUAUACCUGAGCCUGAGAAAAAGGAUACGGGUUUGAAGAAAAGAAUCGCAGCGUUGGAAGAAACCGUUAAAAAGUUAGAACGCGAACUGCAUCGUUUGAAGAAAGCAAUAAAACGCAUCACGGAAAAUAGCGAUGAAUUAAUGCUUUGAUUUCCGUUACACAAUUGAUAACAAAAAUUUUGCAAUAUCUUAGUAUGUAAUAUUUGUGAUAAGCAGUUAAAUAACGUUCUUUGUAUAUUGAUUUAGAUAACACGCGUAAAUACUUCGCCGCAAUAUGCUUUUAAUGUACUUAACUUCUAGUGUAUGUAGCAUAUAUUCAAAUUAAUGUGCCAUUUACAUGUUUAUGUCUCUUUUUGAUUUGUACAUUUUAACAAUGCAAAUAACAAAAAUACUUAUCACUUGUAAUGUAUUUAAAGUACGUAUACAAUAAUAAUAAUGCAUUUACAAGACGCUGUUUGUACAAUGUAAGAAGCUUAGUUUCCUUCCAACAUCAUAUUGAUGACACCAGUAGACAAGACAACUCAUACCUUUAUAAAUAUAUUGUUUUCUUUAUACCUAUGUAGUAGAAAUAUAAUGAUACAAAUCUUGUAAUCCAUAUGCUGUAUAGAA